ACGCCGCUCCACAUCGCCGCGUCCGAGGGCCACGUCGACAUCGUCGAAUUCCUCACGUCGCGCGGCGCCCGCGUGAACCGGAGCGACCGCUGGGGCGGGUCGCCCUUGGACGACGCGCUGCGCCACCGGCACCACGACGUCGUCGCGGUGCUGCGGAAGCGCGAGGCGCGCGUGGGCGCGGUCGACUACAAGACGCAGCUCAUCUCCGCGGCGGCCGCGGGCAACGUCCAGGAGGUCGCGGAGUUGCUCGACGACGGCGCCGCGGACGUCGAUUCCACGGACUACGACCGGCGCACGGCGCUGCACGUCGCGGCGUCGGAGGGCCACGUCGUCGUCGUGCGGCUGCUCGUCCACUCCGGCGCGGAUCCGAACGCGCGGGACCGCUGGGGCAACGGCCCGCUCGAGGGCGCGGAGCCGGGC